UUUCUCAUUCACAACAGAUUUUUUUUCAAGGCUCUAUAAACCGGGAUUUAAAAGGGGCGGGAGAUACGCGGUCUGACGAAUCAAGCCGUAUCCUACAGACACCAGAGGGGUUUUAACCGGGUUUAGCCAGUCAAGAUUCAUGAGAAUAUUUCGUUUUAAUUGAACAAAACCUGAAAUCGAAGGAUAAGGUCGAAAAAGCAGCAACAAUGAGUGACAAGGGGACAGUCUCGACGAAAGAAAAGGAGGCAACAGAGAAAAGGGGGCGUGGAAGACCCCGCAAACAGCCGCAGGUGAAAACGUCUGACGAACCCAGUGGCUCCCCAACACCAAAGAGACCCAGGGGCCGGCCGAAGGGCAGCAAAAACAAGACGGCCACCAAGGGCAAAAAGGCUCCAGCAGCAGCUGCAACCGCAACCGCAACUGCAGGUGCCAAACGUAGAGGACGGCCCAGGAAGGAGGAGAAAGAAGACAAACCUUCCCAAGAGUCAUCUGAGGAAGAGGAGGAGGAGGAGGAGGAAGAUCAGUAACUCGUCCCAUGCUACCUCACUCGACGUGCUGACUUGCUGUUACACCAGCGCUGGGAUAGCAUCUCCAACACCAGUGCCACCACCACGACCACCAUGUUUGCGACAAGGGCCUUCCAGCCAACGGGAAGGGUAACACGGUUCAUCAGAAAUCUCUUAAUGCAUCAGCACUGGAUCAACAAUGGACUUUUCUCGAUAUGUAAACCUAUAUCAAAGAGGUAACGGUCCUUUUAACUCUUGUAUGUCAUGUUGCCGCAAGUCUUUUAUACUGGACAAAAGUAAAGCUCCCGGGAGUCUGGACCUUUCUUCUGUUUCCAAACCCCCCCCCCCCCUCCCCCAAACCCCCACCCCUCCAAGGUAGGUUAGUAGGACAUGUUCUCUGCUUAAUGUUGUAAUAUUGACACUUGUACCCACAUCUGAGAUGGAAGGGCAUGUAGGCUUACUUUCUGUUUUUGUACUGGACAAAGGUGAAUUUUACCUAUACUUGCUGUUUUUUGUUGCUUUUGUCGUGUGUUAAAUGGUCAACCUGUCCUCUGCAUCCUAUUAUGAAUGGAGGAGUCGCGCGUCAGUUUUUUUAGAAUGAGACUGGGUAAAGUACCUUGUUCGUUGUAGAUGCUAUAAUCCACAAGUAAUCUGUGUAACUGUCCAACCUCAUCAUUUCUUUGGUCGAUCGUCCCUCCGCCCCCCCCAUAGCCUUCCUUGCAGGAAUACAUUGGUUUAUUUUGUAGUUCCACUGCACUGUAGUUACAGCUCUGUAUGUGAAAGUCCCUCACGUUGUCCUCCGUCGACCGGAAAGAUGUCAAGUUUAUCGUUGGGAAAUCAGGAUACCAUUUUCAUAGUUUCAUUCUCUCGCUCUCGACAACUUACAGGUCAGAGCCGCGGGGUUAAUAUUUUUCAAGUCGUAGAAUCUUUGUUCAGGGAGCUUUCUGACCGUCACCAUCUGCAUCAGUCUUUGGGUUUACGCUGACAUGCCCACGCAGUCCAAUGCAAGGGCAAGCGCUAGUCGUGCUAACAAGGAGCUUGAUUGUAAACACAAGAGCAUAGCAGAACUACUGUCGGACCUUGAGUUUCAUUCCUCUUGGCGCUCACACAUUAGUUCCUUUCUAGUUGAGUGGUUGUCAUAGCCCGGUGAGGCAAAGGGAAUUACUUUUACUUGGUCUAUGAGGAUGUGUUUUAGGCAGUCUGCUACAGGAAAAAAAACAAUGUUUGUUUGUUUGUGUACUUGUGUCAGGGAACUCUUGGUCACCGUACAUUUUAACUGGGUUUUUUUCCACAAAACUUAAGCUGCUACAACCUCAGUUACAAAAACCCGGAAAACUGCAAGGCCUUACGAAGCCUGGAAUUUCAUACCUCACACAAUGUCUGUCUUUUACCAUUUACUUGCAUCCAACUGGUUUGCAACUUCUGACAAGAGUCUGAACGAUGUCUUUAUUACGAAAUAUGUGUUUGUGUGUUGAGUGUGAGAGUGUAUUUUUUGUCUUUCUUUAAAGCCGACUGUAAUGAGUUAUUGUUUGACGGCGGCCUAGUAUGUGAUUGUGUGCGUUCGACCGCUGUCAGCCUGUUGGUAGACAGAACCUGCAAAGAGGGUGGUUUUUCUUUUUUUUUUUUUUUUUAUGAAAAAAAUAAUAAGUGACGUCAGGGAGGCCUGUCACCCGACUGUGGUAGACUCUAGGUGUGUUUUAUCCGUUUAAAAUAAAUCUUCUGGUGCACUGAAAAAGUUGGUUCCGAUUUUCAUGGACAAAUGUUGGUGUUUUUGUUAUUUUCUUUCGACGACGGCUGUGGGCACGCUUCAUUGUUGUGUAGACUGCUGCCGAAACGUGUCCGCCUCACCGUCUCCAUUUCCAUACAGGCUAUGGCCAUUUCAUAUCAGAGUAAAAUAGUCCCAUCUUGUUGGACGAUAUCCAUGCCCCUUUUUCCAUACUGACUUCAUCCAUCAUCCAUUUAUAUACUGUUAAAGAUCAACGGGAUGGGAUCAUUCUUUUAAAUGUACACUGUCUAUAAAUGUACAAGUCUAUAUUUCUAUGGUGCCCUAUAACAAUUUGUAUCCAGAGAUGGUCAAUAAAGAUAAGAAUUUGA